UCUGCCGAGGACCGGAAAUCUCAUCAGCGUGUCACGGUGCAAAAAUAUUUGGACCCAUUUUCAACGGCAAGCAAGACUAGGCAUAUAUUGCGGGAAAUUAAAUUAUUGAGACAUAUGAAGCAUGAAAAUGUUGCCGCUGUCGUCGAUAUAUUUAUCUCUCCUUCGCACGAUGUUUACCUUGUUACGGAGCUGAUGGAAAUCAAUCUUCAAACACUUUUGAGAACAAAGCCCAUGCAAGGAGAGUUUGUCCAGUACUUCUUGUACCAGAUAAUGCGUGGACUCAAAUAUAUUCAUUCGGCCGGCGUCGUUCAUGGUGACCUGCAGCCAAGCAAUAUUAUGGUGAGCCAUAACUGUGACCUCAAAAUCAAGGGAUAUGGACAGCCGCGAGUUUACGGUCCUUGGAUCACUCGCCAUGCCUCUGCCCAACACUAUACGGCUCCCGAAGCUAUGUUGGAAGGCCAAAAAUAUGGCAAGCCAGUUGACAUUUGGAGUGCAGGUUGUAUAUUUGCCGAGUUGUUACAGGGAAAGGUUCUUUUCCCUGGCCAAAAUGAUAUUCAACAAUUUCAUAUGAUCACGGAGCUGCUAGGUACACCGUCUGAAACUGUCACGAAAAGGAUGACCAGUGGAAAUGUUAUCGAUUUCAUCCAGACACUUCCGAGCAAUGAAGGUCAACCAUUGUCGGAAAAACUUCCUGGCAUUGGAUCAAAAGCCGCUGAACUAUUGGAGAAUAUGCUUGUUUUCGACCCCCAAGGGAGAGCUACUGCGCCCGAAGCUUUGGAAUUUGCCUACCUAGCUCUUUAUCACGAUCCUACAGAUGAACCAGAGGCUGAAGACACAGUCGAUUGGACAUUUGAUAACGCCAACCAUUCAUUUGAAUAUUGGAAAGCCGAGUUGUAUGCCUGGGAGUCUAAAUUGAUGUUGAACUGA